CGCACGAUAGCCGCGGCGUUCGCCAUGUCUAUCUUCACUCCCACCAACCAGAUCCGCCUCACGAACGUGGCCGUGGUGCGGGCGCGGCGCGGGGGGAAGCGCUUCGAGAUCGCCUGCUACCGGAACAAGGUCCUGGGAUGGCGCAGCGGAGCGGAGAAAGACCUCGACGAGGUCCUGCAGACACACACGGUGUUUGUCAACGUUUCCAAAGGCCAGGUGGCAAAGAAGGAAGAUCUCGUUCAAGCUUUUGGGACAGAUGACCAAACAGAAAUCUGUAAGGUGAUUUUAUCAAAAGGAGAACUGCAGGUAUCAGACAAAGAGCGGCACACGCAGCUGGAGCAGAUGUUCAGAGACAUUGCGACUAUUGUGGCUGACAAAUGUGUGAAUCCAGAAACAAAGAGGCCAUACACAGUGAUCCUUAUAGAGAGAGCAAUGAAGGAUAUUCACUACUCUGUCAAACCCAACAAGAGCACAAAGCAGCAGGCACUGGAAGUGAUCAGACAGUUAAAGGAGACGAUGCAGAUUGAACGUGCUCACAUGAGGCUGCGAUUUAGCCUUCCAGCAAAGGAGGGGAAGAAACUAAAAGAGAAGCUCAAGCCAUUGAUUAAAGUUAUUGAGAGUGAAGACUUCCAUGAACAGCUGGAAAUGGUGUGCCUUAUUGACCCAGGCUGCUUCAGAGGAAUUGAUGAGCUGAUCCGGAGUGAGACAAAAGGGAAGGGAACACUGGAAGUGCUCAGUCUGAAAGAUGUGGAGGAAGGAGAUGAAAAGCUGGAAUGAUGAAAACCAUCUUACGAACUGACUGGCACUGGCUCCUCUUUUCUGUUAGGCCUCCGUGUUUAUUCCAAUCUCUUGCAGCCACAUGCUCUCUGACACUAAUCCUUUGGGGUUUUUCCAUGCAAUGUUUGGGAUUGUUUUUUAAUUGUUUUACCCUUGCUUGGUUUACAAUUGCAUUUGCCCGUAGGAACAUUUUGUGUCAGAGUUGCACUAAUGAGAAUUAAGAUAUGGUACAGGGUUACUAUAGCUUUGGUUUACUUUAAAGGUUGCUAUUGGUGAGUGCUUGACUGAUAAUGGUUUUUUACUUGAAGUUGUCGGUGUUGAGUGGAAGAUUGCAUUGGUCGCUGAGGGAUGGCUUUUGUAUGUGAUGAGAGGAACCUGAAAAAGAGAGACCUGCAUUCUCUUCAGAAGAAGAGAUGUACAGCAUCUAAAACCUGAUCUCUUGGCAGUGUGAAAACUGACUCAGGCUUCCGUAAUGGGCUGCUGGAGAAUUUAAAUACUUUAAAGGACCCUUCUGAAAGAUUUCUUUCCCUGGAUGGAACAGUACUUGCUAACUGAGAAAAAAUACUCUGCAAAUAGCUUCUCACAAAGUAUAUUUAGCUACAUUGAUAAAAAUAAAUUAUUGUUUAUUGAUGUA